AUGGAGUCGCCCAAGUCAGAUACCCGCCCUAUCUUCUCGAGACGCUCAACAGGCUCUUCCAAGUCUCUUUCCCUCGACCUUUCCUCCCUGCCGCCUCUGGUUCAGCCGACACCGCCUUCAAACACUCUCCUCUUCACAAACCUCAACGACACCAACAUCUUCCGCCCCGAUAACCUGCAGACCAUUCGCGACCUCGUUUCCAAGACGGCCCCCAUCCACUCAUGGGCACCUCUUAAGUCCUUCCGCCGCAUUGUCGUCUCUUUCUUCUCUGAAGACGACGCUAUUGCCGUCCGCCGCAUCUGGGACAGCGAGGCUAUCAUGGGCGAGCGUGUUCGCGUCUACUUCGGCCAGCCUACUCCUGUCGAGGUCACUGACCGUCACCUUGCCCUUCCCGACGCCGGCAAGCUCUUCUUUAUCUCUCCUCCUCCCUCUCCCCCUCACGGCUGGGAGAUGAAGCUCGAGGAUGCCCCCAACAAGAUGGUUCACGCUGAGGACCUCGCCGAGGCGCUUGCCAAGCUCAACCACCGCCCCUCCGGCGUCGAGACCCCCAUUAGCCCCGUUGACGGUGUUCAGCAAACUCGCAGCCGCAGCUCUACUCUUCUCUACAAGCCCGAUGCCCAGGGCUGCAGUCCAGACCUCCCGGCCAUUUGCCUCGAGGACUUUGCGGACGAGCCCAUGGACAUCAGCCCCAUCGACACCAAGCCGAUCAUGGCGCACACCUCCCGUCCCCCCGUGGAGCUUAUGCACUGCGCAUGA